ACAUUGGCUCAAAAUCAGUGCAUUAAUGUUCCAAAACUAAAGCUGUUUGUUGAGAUUCAACGGCCAAGUGGCACUAUUACAUUACUCCCUCAAAACAUCAUUAAAAAGCUUCCAUAUUUAGAAAAACCCAGUCUCAUUGACUAUGUGCUUAAUAGACACUCGGUGUUAUUAACAUUAACCCCAGUUGGCUAUAUGGCUAUUCCUAUUAAUGAAGACGAGCUGCGAGAUGCUAUACGGGACGUGCUUGUAGCAGUGGAAAAACUCCAUAAGAUGAAUGUUGUCCACCGAGAUAUACGCCGGGACAAUAUUGUAAGGCUCUUGGAUGGGAGUUGGAUGUUAAUUGACUUUGAAGAAGUCGCUCGGAUAGGAGAUUCAAGAACUGCAUUCAGUGUUGCAGCGCCAGAAUAUAAAGGCGGACAAGAUUUUUGCAACACUGCAGGAGAUAUCUGGAUGGUUGGAAACCUUUUGAAUGAUUCUAGAAUUUGUGAUCAUAUCCACAUAUUUCCAUCCGCUCAACAGUUUCGGGAUAAGCUGACGCACGAAAAUCCUAAUAAACGACCGACUGCAGAUGAAGCGUUAAGACACGAGUGGUUAAUAAUGCCAACCUCUUAG